AGUUUGAACGUUACACGAUGGUUUGAGGAUUGCAGCGUAGUUAGUGUUUACGUUGUGUGUGUUUUUGUAGUCAUGGACUCACUGGAACUUACUGGGAAUGGACAUUUUACUGAUGCAAAGUAAGGUUAAAAGCAAAGCUCUAUAAAUCUAAUAGAGGUUGACAGUUGAUACCAACAUGAUACAAAGCAGCUCAUUUGUGCUUUUGUUGUAUUUAGUUACAGAACUGAUGACUUAACUACAAGACAGUGGCUUGUGCAUGUGCGGAUUUGGACUGCAUCAGAUCCGAAUCCCUGAUGGCCUAAACAUUUCCAUAUAUAGGCUUUAGAGGUGGUUCUAGGAGCAGAGACUUGAGUGGAAAUGUAAACAGUAACAUAAUCCCACGGACACUAACACGUGGACACACCAAAACAUUUAAAGAAAUCGCAGCCAUGUCGUCUCCUGAGCAGCUUAUCGAGAUUGUUAUGGACAACAGAUCAUAUAAUGUGAGCAAGAGCAAGCUGAUCGAGAAGAGUGACUAUUUUCGGGCGCUGUAUAGCUCUGGCAUGAGGGAGGCAGGAGAAGAUUCGGUGCAACUGCAAGGACUGAGUGUAUCUGGCCUCGAGCUCGUCCUGGAGUUCAUCAACACCUCCAAAGUUCAGGUGGUCAACGAAACCCUGGAGGACCUCAUAGAGACUGCAUCAUUCCUGCAAGUGACGCCCAUCCUGAAACAACUUCUGUCAGAAAUCCGGUUAGACAACUGCGUCGAGGUCUUUAACCUCUCGGAGGUCUAUGGCACACAUGAGCUGCGCACGGCAUGCCUCAAGUUCAUGAGCUGUCACUACCACCCCAUGCUGCGCAGACCCGAGUUCCACACGCUGCCUGCUAAAUUGAGGGAGCAGAUCAGGGAGAUGCGGAUGAGGGGCACAGCCACGCUGGUGGCAGUCGGGGACUUCGUGGGCACCUGCCUGGAUCUUGCAGAUCAAGAUGAGCUGUGGUCCAUGCUGCGCUACGGGGAGCAAGAGCAGCGCUGGAAGCCGCUCGCCAACAACCUCCCUCCAGACAUGGUGAACGUCAGGGGGUACGGGUCAGCUGUGCUCGACAACUACCUUUUUAUCGUUGGGGGCUACAGGAUGGCUAGUCAAGAGAUUGGUGCAGCACAUUGUUACAAUCCAUGCAGAAACGAAUGGACUCAUAUAGCUUCUUUAAACCAGAAAAGGGCUAACUUUAAGCUUGUGGCAGUGAACGGGAAGCUGUAUGCAGUGGGAGGACAUGGUUUAAGCACAGUGGAGUGCUAUGGUCCUGAGCAGGAUUGGUGGACCUGUGUUUCCUCAAUGCCUGAUCCUCUGACUGAGUUCUCUGCAUGUGAAUGCCAGGGCAUGAUCUAUGUCAUGGGUGGCUACACGGCCAGAGAUAGGAACAUGAGCGUGCUGCGCUACUGCCCCACGUCAGACAUGUGGUCUGUGUUGCACACGUGCUCAGCACAUGUGCGGAAGCAGCAGAUGCUGUCUGUGGAGGACAUCAUCUACUUGGUGGGCGGCUAUACGCGUGAGCUGGAGCGAGCCGAGCACACGAGGGCCAACCCUGCCGAGGACGCGCUGACGGUGCAGUCGUAUAACGUACACACAGGUGAGUGGCUGCAGCUGCGAGCAAGUGUAUCCAAGUCCGGCCUGAACCUGACAUGUGCACUGCAUAACGACGGCAUCUACAUCAUGAGCCGUGACGUUGGCCCACGCACCAGCCUCGAGCACCGUGUCUUCCUCAAGUACAACGUGUUCAGCGAUGCCUGGGAAGCUUUCAGACGCUUCCCAGCACUUGGCCAUAACGUGCUGCUUUGCUCCCUGUACCUGCCCAACAGCCUCUAGGUCAGAACGGCUAGGUCACAUGGAAUUGAAGGGUCAUGUUCACAUUCAUGUCCAAGGAACUGAGACUGUGAUACACACUACAGCCAGUGGACUAAAUUGACUAUAUUUUGUUCAGUAAUUGACUCAGUGGUUUACAUCCAGUAACAGGUGCAGAGUUUCUCAGUCCACUGAUUGCUUUAACAGCAUGUAGCUGAGCUACAAAUGAAUGAAUUGCUUUACCAUGUUGUUGAAUAUACAGGAAGCACUUACUAAGGCUGUAGCAGAUUUCUCGAUUUUUGCACAUAACCUACCAAUGCCACUGCAUGCACUUACUUCCUGUGUAUCACUGAUACACAUGUGACAUGUUUUUACAUGACCAGACUUGAGAUGGAACACUAAGAGUGAGCGCAAAGUGUUAGUAGGUUUGAAUCUUUCCAGUAUGUUACCACUUAGGCCUUAAAUUUGGCCAUUUGACCAAAAAAGCUUGACCAAAACACCUGUGAUUAUUAUUUUUCUAUUAUUAGUUUUCUAAUAUGCAUCAAAUGUAUUGAAGGUCUUGUGACGUAGAAAAAGAUAAAAGUGAAAUGAUCUGGAGGUUUGGAGACAGUUCUCUAAAGUUCUGGGAUUUUCUCACAGAUGCCUUAAAAAGGUCAAUAAAACAUGCAGAAAUA